CAGAGACACUCACAGAGACACAGAGAGAGACACUCGCAGAGACACAGAGACACUCACUGAGAGACAGAGAUACUCACAGAGAGACACACAGAGACACUCACAGAGAGAGAGAGACACGUGGAGACGGAUCAACAGGCAAACUGAGAGGCUAGGUGCACGGCCCUGGCCAUGAUGAAUCGACUCCUGGGGGGUAGGAAGCGCACAAAGCACCCCCAGCUGAGACGGACGGAAAACCCCGCAGAGUCGUGGACAACAGUGGGAGAGUUGGGGGAUGGAGCAUUUGGUACAGUCUACAAGGUACAGAACCGCCAGACAGGGCAGCUAGCUGCUGCCAAGGUGAUGGAGCCAAGUGACGAGGAGGAGAUGGAGGAGCUUCUGGUGGAGGUGGAGGUUCUGUCUGCCUGCAGGCACAACCACGUGAUCACACUUGUAGCUGCUUAUCACUGUGGGCCCAAGCUGUGGAUUCUGCUCGAGUUCUGUGCUGGUGGUGCCCUGGACUCUAUCAUGAUGGACGUUGACCACGGGCUCAGCGAGCCGCAGAUUCGCUGCGUGGCUCGGCAAGUCCUACUGGCUCUCGACUACCUCCACACUGUCCUCCACGUGAUCCAUCGCGACCUCAAGGCCGGCAACGUGCUCCUCGCCCUGGACGGCACAGUCAAGCUGGCUGAUUUCGGGGUGUCAGCGAAAAACCAAAACACUCUCCAGAAGAGAGACACUUUCAUUGGGACCCCCUACUGGAUGGCUCCUGAGGUGGUUCUCUGCGAGACUCUUAAGGAAGCUCCGUACGGCUGUGGCGCUGACAUCUGGUCGCUGGGCGUGACGCUGAUCGAGGCGGCGGAGACGGAGCCGCCGCACAACGAUGUGAACCCCAUGCGUGUCCUCCUGCGCAUCGUCCGCUCCCCGCCACCCACGCUCACGCGCUCGCCCGGACUCUGGUCUGGGGAGUUUCACGACAUUCUGCGCCGGUGUCUGGAGAAAAACGUCGAUCAGAGGUGGACUGCCAAGCAGCUGCUGCAGCAUCCGUUCGUUGCGGACGCCACCGACAAUCGGCCGCUGCUGGAGCUGCUGGCCGAGGCGAGGGCAGAGGUCACCACAGAGGUCAUCGACGACGACCCACAGCCGGACGACGAGGAUGAGGAGGAUGAUGAUGAUGAUGAGGCAUCCGGCCCCGACACUCCCCGAUCCAACAGCCCCCACUACCGCCCCAUGGAGAUUCCCCGGCCCAACAUCACCAACAUCACCAACAUCACCACCAUCGCCACCACCGCCACCACCGCCACCAACGCCACGCCCACCGCGGAUGGAGCCGACACGCCGAUGAUGAUGAUGAUGAGGAGCCAGGCGGGUGGCGAAGCCGGCGGAUCACUCACGGGGCCGGCGGCCGUGGUGAUGACCGGGAUGGUGGCCAGGAACCCGGACGAGCCCCCGCUGCCUGCCAAUAAGGAGAGACCCAGCGGCGGGGCCGUGUGGAGCCGCCCGAGGGCCUCCUCCCCAUGCCCUCCCCAGGGCUGCCCCCGCCGACCGACGCGCCUGGACGACAUCUCGAGGCGGUCUUCGUCCACGGCGCCAGGGGCCGCCAAGUCCUCGGCGAGCCUCCCCCGUCAGCUGAAGCCCGACUACCUCGCCCGGCCGGACUCCUCCUCCUCCUCCUCCUCCUCCGCCUCCUCCUCCGCCUCCUCCACCUCCUCCGCCACCACCGGCGCCCGCAGCCUGAGCCUGGGCCGCAGCAGCUCGGCGGCUCCCAGGGAGGGCGGCCCGCCGGCCGGCGGCGGGGCGGCGGUGGCGGUGGACCGGCCCGACGGUGGAGCGGCGCCGCCCUCGGCGAAGGCCGGACCGGCCACCAAGGGCCAGAAGCAGACGAUGAAGCGGACGCGGCGUUACGUGGUGGACGGGCAGGAGAAGAGCGUCACCACCGUGACACUGGUGGAGGAGGAGCAGAACGGGCGACAGAUGAAGGUCGUGAGGCAGCAGGAGAUGCGCGAGCUUCAGCGGCUGCAGAAGGAGGAGAAGCGAGAGCUGGGGAAACUCUUGGCUCGUCACUUGGCUCAGCAAGAGACCACUCAGAGGAAGAGCGAAGGGGAGAUGGUGGCGAAGAAGAAGCAGUACGAGGCCGAGUUGGAGACGCUGGAGCGCACCUGGAAGCAGAAGACGGAGCGAGCGGAGCGGGACGGAGCCAGCUGCCUCGUGGUGGAGUCCAAGCGGCAGGCGGGCGAGCAGGAGAAGCAGCUGGCUGGGUUCAAGGAGAAGCAGGCGAUGGAGAGGAAGCAAAAGAAGGCCGAUAUCCAGAGGAUAACUUUGAAGGAGGAGCGGAAAAUUUUGCAGAAGAAGGUGAUGGAGGAGCUCGAUCAGAAGCAAGCGGCCCAGGAGCGUGUCUUCGUGGAGAAUCAGAAGGGGACCCUGGACGCGCUCCUUCGCCAGGCGAUUUCCACGCACGUGGAGCGCCUGGGUCAGAUGGAGACGGACGGUCUGCAGGCCAAGCAGCUCUUCCGCAGGGAGUUUGAGAGGAGCGUGCUGGAGAUGGUCGUGAGACAGCAUCAAGAGAUGAAACAGCUACUGAAACAACAGCUGUCUGAGCAGCUGCUGCUGUCUCGGCAGCACAUGGACAAGAGACACAGCAAGGAGGUGGAGCAGCUCCAGCGGGCCAGCGCCAGGCUUGUGGACGAGGAGCGCGCCCGCCAGGGGGCGCUGUCAGCGGCUGCCGCCCGGCGCGGGCGACGGAGCGCCAAGGCGAACGUGACGCGCUUCAAGGACGCCAUGCGCCCAGCCGCCAUUUUCCACUCCGCCUCCGACAGGGAGAAGCUCAAGCAGUUUAUCCAGGCGGAGAAGGAUCGCCAGCGGUCUGAGCGCGAGGACUUCCAGCGCCAGCAAGAGGCCCAACUCGAGGCACUGCUGCAGCAGAACGAGCAGAGCAUGGCGGAGCUGAUGCAGUUACACAGGGAUAAGUCCGAGCUGCUGAGAGAGUCAGAGUCGUGCCGUGUACAGAGCCUGGAGCAGCAGCAGCAGCAGCUGAUGGUGGAGGUGGGGGAGCGUGGCUCAUUCAUGAAGCAGGUGAUGGAAAACGAAUUGGCUCAGGAGAGCCAGGAGCUGCAGCAGAAGAUCUCGCGAGAGUUGGAGGCCGCCCAUCAGCACCCCUCCAUCCCCAAGCGCGUGCUGGCCAUGCUGCUCCAGUAGCAGCAUCAGCAGCAUCAUCAGCUGCAUCAUCAUCACCAUCAACACCACGACUGCCACCAUCAUCACCAC